AUGAUGCCUCGGAAGGGCCGGCAGGGUCAGGAUAACCCCCAGGACCAGAGAGAGGCGUCGCAGGGCGUGGUGAGUGAGUGCCCGGUCCCUGUGGCUGAAGUGCAGCAAGAGGGAGAUGAGGAGGUGGCUGCUGCCUCUUCCUCCAGCUCUGCUACGAUCCCAGAGGUGCCUGUUAGUGGAGUACCAACUGUUCCCCGGAGUCCCCCGAGAGCCUCCUCUCCUCCCAGAGCCCUGGUUUCUAGUCUACAGAACCAAUUUGAUCAAGGCUCCAGAUGCCCCCAGGGUAACCUUGGAGACCCUGAGGCCUUGCUGAGAGAUGCAUUAAAUGCCAAGGUAGUUAACUUGGUACAAUUCCUGCUCUUCAAGUAUCAAAUGAAGAGGUCUACCACCAAGGCUGAAAUCCUGAAUCGCAUCAUCAGACGUUACCGGGAUUAUUUCCCUGUAAUCUUCCGCAGUGCUCUAAAGUGCUUACAGCUGGUCUUUGGCAUUGAUAUGAAAGUACUGGAGCCCCAUAACGAAUCCUAUAUGCUUGUCACUUGCCUGGGGCUCACGUAUGAUGGGCUACAAACUGAUGUCCAGGGUGUGCCCAAGACAGGCCUCCUAAUCAUGAUCCUGGGCAUCAUCUUUAUGGAGGGCAACUACAUACCUGCAGAGGUAUUCUGGGAAUAUAUGUCUAUGAUGGGGAUGGAUGAGGAGGAGCACUUUAUCUGUGGGAAUCCUAGAAGGCUCAUAGGUGAAGAUUUUGUGCAGGAGCAGUACUUGGAGUACCGCCAGGUGCCCAACAGUGAUCCUGCUCGCUAUGAGUUCCUGUGGGGCCCCAGGGCCCGCUUAGAAACCAGCAAGAUGAAAAUCCUACUUUUCUUUUCCAAGAUCAGUGGGAGUGAUCCCAAGUCCUAUCCAGCCCUAUAUGAAGAGGCAUUGAGAGAAGAAGAAGAGAGACAGUAG